AAUCCCCUCCUUUCUUUCAUCUUCUUCAAUAACAAAAUUAUUUAAUUUCUUUCAGGAAUUUAUACAAACACUUCGUGUGCAUUCAUUAACUACUAUAUUAAGACAAAAAAAUGGAAAAAAGAUUAUCCAAAAAAAUGGGUAAAAAGAAAGUUUCUGCAAGUGAAAGUGAGGAUUCUUUUAAAGAGAAAGAAGAUUCAUGGAAUAAGAUCUUUAAAACACUUGUUAAUUUAGCACAUAAUCAACAACACGAAAUCGAAUGGUACGAAAAAGAACGAAAAGCCCUCGAAAAAAGAAUCCAGACCCAGCAUGAAAGAUGGUGUUUUGAUGUUAAAUAUUUACAAGAUUAUGUUUCUCAGUUGAAAAGAGACGUGAAAAUUAAAGAUAUGCUUCGGAAUGCUGAGGCUGCAAAGGGGAAAUUGCUCGUCUCUAUGAAGCUAAAAGAAGCAGCUGUGCGUAAACGUAGAUUUGAAGAUGCAGAUGAUGAACGUGCUGAUCUGAAACUUCUUUUGCACAAGCUCUCUCAAUCAUCGGCUGCGCCUAGUCGUGUAACUCGGAGCAGUGACAGGGACUCACUUGAGUCUGCCAGAAAAGCAGAGAGGGAUUUGCGUGAGGCGCUAAAAGCGGAGAGGAAAUUGCAUGAGGCGCUAAAAGCAGAGAGGGAUUUUGCAUGGAACCAAUUCAACACAACCGACAAAAAGUUGCAGGAGGUCAUCAAGAACAGAAAAUCUGAAGUUGAAACCGCCAACAAUAGAGUACAACAACUGAUCUAUGAGUUGAAGCAAUCACAGUCGUCAACCACAGAGAAGGACAGAAGAAUUUCAGCCUUAGAAAGUGAAGUAGAUGUGUUGGAAUCCGAGUCAAGAAAAAAAAGUGAAGAAAUUUUUCGUCUCACCAAAGAAUUGGAGUUGUCAAGAGGUGAAUCUAGGCGUUCUAUUACACCUGUAUUACGUCGAUGCACUGUGGAAGUAAAUAAAUGUCAUUCGAGUGGCAUGGCCAUCACUGAGAAGGGAGUAGGAAGUUCCAAAAGAAAAGCAAGUGCAACCACACCACUACUCUUUACAUCCAAAUUCAAAGUUCCAAAGUUAAAGAACUGAAAUAUUAUACGCCCUCUCCUCGUAUAUGUACAUAUGAUUCUCUAAGCUCCAUAGUUUCUCUAACUUGAGGUUGACUUGUUUUAGUGUGAUAAGGAGAUAGAUUGCAUCUUGUAGAGUUUGUUUCAGGUAAAUUCUUGCAAUUAUGCUCGAAGAGUAACUUUACCGGUUGAGGUCAAAAUCAUAUGUAAAACUGUUGAAGAGUAACAUGACCAGCUGCUUAUUAUUGACCCCUUUUGAGGUUAGAAUUGUAUGCAAAACUGUAGGCUUGCUGUUUCAUUUUCUUUUGCACGCGAGUAGUUUGAAUUUGAGCGCUUUUAUCGUUUGUAUGUAAAGUGUAAACGGAUUUUUUUGAUAUAUGGAUGGUGUUAUGUUUAA